AUGGGAAUUCAGGAUGCUUGCACCCGUGAGGUGUCUGUUGAAUGUGUAAGUUUUUGGUCAGAGGCAUGGGGAAGGUGGGGCCUGCUCAACUGCCCAGCAUCUUCCGAGGAAGAGGAUCUGCUUGGAGCAGGUUGCCAGGCUGAAGUGCUCACUGUGGCGAAGCUGACACGUGAGAGCACGAAUGAGAUAGAAGCAGGGCAUGCUGCAGGCAAGAAAUGGGCGAGGCGCCGGAGCGAUCUCGGCAGAGCUCUGAAGUUGCAGGAACAGAGUGCCCAGCGCAUGAUGAGGAUGUUGCAGGGGACGCCGGCUCUCCAUGCAGACCUCUGGUCCGAUCUGUCCAUGGCAGGCAACAAGGGUCCGACUGAGGACUCUUCCGGGAACGGAAAGAAACGCAAGGGCCCAGGACAAAACCCGAAAAAGACUACUGCCAAGAAACAAAGAAGCAUCUCUGCAUAUCAGGCUUAUGUGGCCAGCAAUGUCCGGGGCCGACUGGCAAACAGGGAGGAUGUGCAAAAGUACCGGCAGCUCUCCGAGUCUGAGAUGCAGAAGUAUGGGAACCUGGCCCAUGCCAUGACCCAAAGGCGUCGUGUCGCUGGAGGAAAACGCUCGAAGGUUCGCAGGGCAGAUCCCUUGGCUUGGCCUUUGAGGCUGAAGCGCAAGGCGGCCAGGCGGCUGCAAAGUCGCUUUGAUCCCAAGGAAGCACGCCGACAGCUCCAAAGAGAUCGGUCCGAUCCACUGUGGAUGAGGUGGCAGCAAAUCAGCUCGGAAAUGGACAGACAGCACAAUCAGGCCCAAGCAGGGGACAAGCAGGCCCGAGAGGACUUUCUGUCGCAUGUGGACUGCAAGGGUGAACUUUGGCCUCUAGAUCCUUUGAAGGACCACAUCUUCAGCUGGCGCAUCCAACGACCACCUGCCUGCUCUGAUCCUGUCCCUGACACAGGCUUCACUUCUGACUUUGUGCAACACACAUGGAUGAGCAAAGCUGCUCAAGAUGUUGCUUGUGCUCCGAGCAUCACCGGAGUUCUUGGACGGUCAAGGGAGUCGCGGCUGGCGGAGUGGGAGCGGCGGCACGUGGUUUUGCGGCCUAUGCCUGGGGUCAAACUAGCGAAAGAGUCUGAUAAUGCUCGAGCAGCCCGUGCCAUCAGACAAGCUGGGCUUGUGCUCUCCCCUGCAGCCCGCAACCUGGAAAAGGCAUUAGCCAACAUGCUGAUGACCUUUGCUGGUCAAGGCUUGAAGGAGCCGUCCAAGGUCAAAAGCAAGCAGCGAUUGCUGCUCGAUGAGAACCACGUAGUUGUCCGGUUGCAGAGGCCCGAGAUUGCCGGGUCCAUGGUCCGAUGCCUUUGGUAUCAGGUUUGCUACCUGACAUAUGAUCGGCCUGUGCGAGCCACCUUCCUGUCUCUGGAGGAGGACACGUACCUCCAGCCGACCACGAGGCAAGGUCUCAUCUUGGCCCCGAAGUGGAAACCGGGAUGUGGUCGGCAAACAUGGCUUUUCAGCCUUCCAGAGCUGGCUGCUUCCUUGGUGCCUAGCAGCAAUUGGACGGGGGAGUUCUUGUAUAUUAAAGGUUGCGGACUUGGGCCCGAAAAGGAGGAGGCUGACAACGACAGGCCAUUUUUCCUGGAUGUGCAACCCAUGGACACAGGUCCGUUUACUCUCGAUUCCGUCUGCACUUCGAAGGGUCCGAAUGGUCCAGACCAGGCAGGGUCCGAGAGUGAUGAUGAUGCUGUCCAGACAGAGGCACUCCAGACAAAGGCCCGAGUCAGCCAGGCUUUCAAAUCUGCUGCUUUGGACGUCCAUGGAAUGCUUCCACAGGAAGAGGUCGAAGACAUCAUCCAGAGAGCUGCAAAAGGCAAAACAAUACAGCUUGCGGAUGAUGUCAAGGUCCUCUUUACCUUCCGACAGCCAAGCAAGCAAAAUCCCUGUGGGGGUUUUCAGGUCCGAUGCUACUGCCACAGGCCCGACAAGAAGGUCAACAAGGCAGGGACCGAAUAUGCGCUGGCAUGUCGCCGCACUAUGUCCAUUCCAGGAAGUGGCCAAGCUGCAGAGACUCUGAAGCAUCUGUCCGAAUGGGCCCUGGCCGGACCGAAUUUCGAGAGUCGAGUGAAGCACCAGGCCAUGCCAGUACCUGGAAGAAAGACCAAGGCAGCAAAGGGGACGAGAAGCUAUGAGCUGAGCGACGUUCCCGGUGAUGGGGAUUGCUUGUUCACUGCUUUGGGCAGAGAGCUGGAGUGCAAGGAAAAGCUCAUCCCGGGCAUGCGGCUGCCCAGUGGCCAGAGUGGUUCGAACAUGGGCCCGAGGUGGCGGUCGCAACUGGUGCAAUCUGUUCGUCGAUUGGCCAGCAGCAGGACACAGUUUGAGGGCCUUGGCAUAUCAGACUGGCUGCAGCACUCUGGGUGGCCCGACCUGGAAUCCUACAUCGAUGGGAUGACACUGGCCGCAGAAAAUCCAGAGGAUCCACGGCAGCACUGGGGUGGCUUUCUGGAGGCUACGAUCUUGUGUCAUGCAACAAGCCCAUUGGUAGGUUGUCUGUUGGCCAGGCAGGUUCGAGAGGGGGUCCGAUGCCAAGCUUGGUGUGGUGCUCCGUUCAAAGGCCCACCAAAUUAUGUGGCCAUCUGCUGGACAGGAAACCACUGGCAGAGACUUCGUCUUAGGAAACCAGCCGAAGAGAAGCUGCAGGAGUGGUUCCUCUCUGUGUAG